AUGGGGUUGCUCUCCAAUAGAGUUGAAAGGGGCAGCCUCAAACCAGGCGAUCAUAUUUAUUCCUGGCGUAAUGCUUAUAUCUAUGCCCAUCACGGUAUCUAUGUUGAAAAUGACAAAGUUAUACAUUUCACUAGACGUGGCCAAGAAGUAGGAACAGGAACUGCGUUAGACGUGCUUUUAGUAAGCUCUGGACCAUCUCGACCUCAUGUACCUUGUGCCACGUGUACCCCACCCGAGGAAGGUCAUGGGGUUGUGUCCUCAUGUUUGGAUUGUUUCCUUGCUGGCGGAAUUCUGUAUCGCUUUGAGUAUUCAGUUAGCCCUGCUCUCUUUCUCGCAAAGGCACGUGGAGGGACUUGUACUCUUGCCGUCUCAGAUACUGAUGACCUUGUCGUCCAUCGAGCAAAAUACCUGCUUGACAAUGGAUUUGGUUGCUAUAAUGUAUUUAAAAACAAUUGUGAGGACUUUGCAAUUUACUGCAAGACGGGAUUGCUCGUGCUUGAUCAAAGUUCAUUGGGACAAAGCGGACAAGCUGUAUCUAUUAUAGGUGGCCCUCUUGCUGCCGUUUUGUCUACACCACUACGUCUUGUCACCACCAAUGUUUAUGGAAUGGCAGCAACUGCUGUUGUAGUUUAUUGUGCCAGCCGGUAUGCAGCUGAUAUUGGCAUGAGGAAGGAUGUGGUUAAAGUACCUGUUGAGGAUCUUACGAGGAGGCUUGCCACGGGCUUCCUUCAGGUUGUUGAACCGACUCUUCCAGCUCCUCCAUUGCCGAUCGGCUAG